UAUUCGAUCGAUAGAUAAUCAACGCGUACAGUGAAUCGUUUUACAAUAUCAACGAACAACGUAUUAAUUGUACUUCGCUAUAUAUCCAUCGAAUUAAUCGAUCAAUACAGCACAUGGCGAAUUCAUGUUUUUGAAGUUCCAGCAUAAAAUUUAUUGAUUGUUCGUUCAAACGAGAACAGGUCGUUGAUCCAGCGAAAUUUGCUUGCAUCUUCAUUCAUUAAAUAAAUCUCUUGAAACAUGGAAAAGUCAGCAUUAGCGCAAGAGAAGGUAUGGUUCGACAAGCCAUCCUAUGACAAAGCAGAACGACUGUAUUUUGAAAGAAUGGCCAAGCUUGAAACAUGUUUCAAGGUGGUGUCACAUAAAAUUAUGGAAUGCUGUUCGCUUAAAUCUGAAAUUUCUAUGAGUAAUAACUGCCAAGAUAUUUUGAACAGUAACUCUUUAACUAAAACAAAACCUAAAAAAUUCAAAGAUAAUAAAUUAUUGAUUUCUGAAAAUGAUCAAAAUGAUAUCCCCAAACAUGCUAAAAAUCAAUCGAAGGUCUCAAAGACAAAUAAAGAUGAAAAUGAGUACAAUAUGCAAAAGAAAGAAAAUGUAGAGGAAAAUCAAACAUCUGAUAAUGUCAAAAAUGAUAUAAAAGAAAAAGAAACUAAUCCAUCUAAUGAUGCGUCUAAGAAUUAUAAUACAAAAGAAAUAAAAGAAAAAAAAAACAAGGCUGAUACACGGCAGAGAAAUAGAGGAAAAGGGAAAAAUGACACUAAGGAAAUAAAAGAAAAUAUUACACCGCUAAUAAGGAUUAAACAGCAAUUGUCUACUCAGAUACAGGGAAAUCAACAAACUGCUAGUCCAAUCUUAUCUGCUGAUGGAAGUUUAGCCAAUGCGGUCGCCAAGGCUCGUCAACAUAUUAAACAAUCUUUACAGUGUAUGGACGACAUUUCAACCGUUGCUGGUCCCACCACUCCAAACGAUACCAAAAAAGAUUACUCAGAUCUUCCAACAAUCGUUGAAGAAUUGAAUAAUACUAUCAAUAAAUUGACGGCACGUGUAAAAAAUCUUGAAGAUAAGUUUAAUCAAAGUUCAUGUCAGAACUAUGAUCCAGCUCCGAAAAAAUCACAAGCAAAAGCUGAAGAUGACGGUGUUGAUUUGUUUGGUUCAGACUCAGAGGGGGAAGAUGCAGAAGCUGCAAAAAUUAGGGAAGAAAGAUUAGCUGCGUAUGCUGCGAAAAAGUCCAAAAAACCAGCUUUGAUCGCCAAAUCGAACAUAAUAUUAGAUGUCAAGCCGUGGGACGAUGAAACGGAUAUGAAACUUAUGGAAACCGAAGUGAGAAAAAUCGAGACGGACGGUCUCUUAUGGGGAGCGGCGCAACUUGUCCCUCUUGCCUUCGGAAUUCACAAACUUCAGAUUUCAUGUGUCGUGGAAGAUGAAAAAGUUUCAGUGGACUGGCUCGCAGAAAAGAUUCAGGAAAUUGAGGACUUUGUACAAAGUGUAGACAUUGCAGCUUUUAACAAAGUAUAAAAUAAUAACGAAGCUUUCUUCAUAGAAAAUUAAUGACGGUUCUAAUUGCAAUCAGGCAUUGGUCUGUUGUGCCAUUUCUUCAUUCCACUAGCAAUAUCUACUUCGAUAAACGCAUUAUUACAUACUUCUUAUAUAUUAAACAUAAUUCUUCAAAAAAAGUUCAGACAUUUAGCCGUCGUAUUCCAAUUAUAAUAUUCGAUGUGUCAAUUUAUUAAAUGAUUUCUAAGAACUCUGAUCAAGUAAAUUUGUAAACUGUGCUUGAAACAUGAAUAUAUUCUAUAUAAAAAAAAAAUGUAAUGUGUAAAUGUUUAAACUGUAACUAAAUAUAUAUAAAACUGUAAUGCUGAUGCGAAAUCAAAUAGAUGUACAUUUCACUCGACUAUGAUAUCAAAGAAAAUUUUAAGAAAAUAGUGAUAUUGCAAGUAAAUAAUGCCAAUUACUAG